UGGCGGUUAAGGGUUCUCAAGGCCGCCGUAUUGUCUUCCGAAGGUUAUUAGUGGGUUAUAAUAUCUUCUCCAGUUACAGCAUAUUUGAAAUGGGUUAACAAUUAUCUGUCAUAUACAAUUUACAAUUUAACUUAAAUGAUCACUGAUAACUCAGGAAAAUCACAUGAUAUCUUGCUCUCUAACGAAAAGUUCGAUCCGAUCGAGUUGGAAAGUCGAUAUGUUCAUCAAGUAUAUGAUGUGAUAGCCUCUGAGUUCAGUUCUACUCGACAUUCACCUUGGCCUAGCGUUGUGAAAUUUAUUGAAGCACAAUCACCGGAUAGCCUUGGUGUUGACGUAGGUUGUGGAAAUGGAAAAUAUCUUACUGCAUCAUCAAAAUAUUAUGCUGCUAUGAAAGCUAGCACUUCAUCAACUAGUGUACAGUGCAAAAGUAUAGUUGCCACUUCUAAUUUCAUUCCUAUCGCCGCUAUGGAGAGAAGCCCCAAACUAGCAGAGAUUGUAUAUAACAGAGGCUUCGAUGUAGUCAUAGGUGACAUACUACGAAUACCUUAUUGUUCAGAACGUUUUGAUUUUUUUCUAUGCAUAGCUGUUAUUCAUCAUUUAUCCACUAUGGCUAGGCGUAUAGAAGCAGUUAAUGAGUUGGCCCGUAUUCUACGCGUUGGAGGUCGAGGGUUAAUACAAGUUUGGGCUAAAGAACAACAUGGUAUUUCAAAAUCUGAACCGUCAUAUUACGUUAAUCGUAAGACAAAAACUGUUUGUAACGUCAACGAUUCUCCAGAAUCACUCUCGAAAAUCGUUGAAGCUGUCCCUGGCACCUAUUUACCUUUACACGUCAAUGGUACAGAAUUUCAAAAUACAGAUAUGUUAGUUCCUUGGAAGAAAAAAAACUACACGGUGACCGAUCAGUUGAAAGAGUCUAAUCAACCAUUACCCAAUUCAAUGUAUGGUCGCUAUUAUCACUUAUUUGUUAUGGGAGAAUUGGAUGACCUAAUAUCAAAAGUACCUGCUCUAAAAAUUGACACAUCUUUCUACGAACAAGGAAAUUGGGUUGUACAUGUAACAAAAGUUGUAUAAAUGUAAAUUUAUAUAUACAAUAAAAAAUUAUAUUCAUUUAUAUAUAUAUUGAUUAUUGCUGUGAG